AUGCCACAACUCUACUCCAACCUCCCGACAGCGCGGGACUCUCUCGAGCUCGCCUCCCUCGCCAGUUCCAGCCCCGACUCCGGCGCCAGCGCCGACCGAGACGACGACGACGACGACAGGUCCGACGGCUUCUCCUCGCGCCCAAGCCUCUCGUCCUCGCGGCGCGCCUCUCUCGAACGCGACGACCCCCUCGACGAUCACCACCCGGCCGCCGGCGGCCCCCGCAGCCGUCCAGAAACCCACGCCCGCUCCUUCUCGGUGUCGUCUACUUUCGACUUUGCCGCUAAUCUCUUCCCGCUUUCCAGCACUACGGGGGCCGCAGGGGCAGGUGUUGGGGGGUACGCCCCGCUUAGUGCAUCGGCGUCGGCGGCUGAGUUUGGAGGUGGUGGUGGCGGGGAUGGGUUGUUGGGUGGGAGCAGUAGCCGGUUUGGGGGAGCUGGUACCGGGUCGUUGGAGAAGCACAAGACGCUGACGUAUCUGAAUGGGCUGUCGCUAAUCGUGGGGCUGAUCAUUGGGUCGGGUAUCUUCUCAUCGCCGAGCCAGGUGAACUCGAACGCGGGGUCACCCGGGGCUGCGCUGAUUGUUUGGACGGUGGCGGGGGUCCUGGCGUGGACGGGGGCCGCGAGCUAUGCGGAGCUUGGGGGUGCGAUCCCGCUCAAUGGCGGGUCGCAGGUGUACUUGUCCAAGAUCUUUGGCGAGCUGGCUGGGUUCUUGUUCACGUGGGUGGCGGUGCUGGUGCUGAAGCCUGGGAGCGCGGCCAUCAUAGCCAUCAUCAUGGGCGAGUACCUGGUGCGGGCGGUCAUUGGGCCCGAGGCCGAGACGGUGAACGUGUGGGUGAACAAGUCGGUGGCCGUGGCCGGGCUGGCGCUGGUGACGUUUCUGAACUGCGUGUCGACGCGGCUGGGCACGCGUAUCAACGACAUGCUGAUGUUUCUCAAGUUUGUGGCGUUGCUGGGGGUGACGGUGAUUGGGAUUGUUGUGGCAGCCACGGGGUUCUCGGCGUCGGGACAGCCGGCGAACCGCGACUGGAAGGACCACGCGUGGUUCGAGGGAACGCACAUGGAUGCGUCGGCGUGGGCCGUGGCGUUGUAUGCUGGUUUGUGGGCAUUUGACGGCUGGGACAAUACCAACUACGUGGUCGGCGAGUUCCGCAACCCCGGCCGCGACCUCCCCCGCGUCAUCCACACAGCCAUGCCGCUCGUCAUCGCCGGCUACCUCCUCGCUAACAUCGCCUACUUCCUCGUCCUCCCCCUCACCACCCUCAACUCCACCAACACCGUGGCCGUCAUGUUCGGCCACAGAGUCUUCGGCCCCGUCGGCUCCCUCGUGCUCGCCCUCAUCGUUAGCGCCUCCUGCUUCGGCGCCCUCAACAGCUCCGCCUUCACCAGCAGCCGCCUCGUCUACGUCGCCGGCAAAGAAGGCUACAUCCCCUCCAUCUUCGGCCGUCUCGGUCGCGCCACCGGCACCAACCCCUCCAACAACAUCCACACUCUCUCAUCCUCCCGCAGUGGCACCACCGUGGCCCGCCGCUUCGCAAAACGCCUCACCGCCCUCGUCGGCGAUGACGACCACGGCCUCUUCUUCACCCCCAUCCCGGCAUUACUCCUCAACGCGGCGCUCACCACGGGGUACAUCGUUGUCGGCGAGUUCGGCACGCUAGUCACCUUCUACGGCGUGGCGGGGUACACUUUUUACUUUCUCACCGUGCUCGGCCUCAUCGUGCUGCGGGUGCGUGAACCCAACCUGGAGCGGCCGUACCGCACGUGGAUCACGACGCCGAUUAUCUUUUGCUGUGUUAGUUUGUUCUUGCUGAGCAGGGCUGUGUUUGCCCAGCCGCUGCAGACGCUGAUUGUAGUGGGGUUUGUGGUGGCUGGCGUGCCGGUGUUUUACUGGCGGGUUAGGGGGUGGGGGAGAGGGAAAGGGAGAGGGAGAGGGAGGAUAGGGGUGAAGGCUGGGUUUGGGGGGGAGAAGGAGAGGCCGUGGUGGAAGUUUUGGAAGAGGCGGUAA